AAUGCCAAAUCGGGUCGUAUUUGAUCGGCAGUCUCCAUCGGGAGUUGUCGCACAAAGAAAGCGUUCGUACGCGCCGGGAAGAGAUCUUUAAUCAUUGAAAAGGAACGAACUUCAAUAAUAUAUAACUUCCAAGAAUCGAAGACGACUGGAAACAGAAAGGCAGGCAUAUUAGAGCCUCCGGUUAACAAACGUCAUCUGGUGUAUUGCAAAGCAUGGAAAAAUUGAAAGCCGCUAAAAAGGUCGCCCCGGACGGGGGCUGGGGAUGGAUGGCAACGUUCGGUGUAAGCAUGGUGAAUUUGGCUACCCGGUCGAUUGAACCCUCGUUUGGGUUGCUGUUCGGGGAUCUGCUCAAGGAUAUGCAGGUCGGUACGACCGGUGCCGCCAUCAUCAUCAGCACGCUCGAUGUGAUGAUGAACUUUUCCGGCCUGUUCGUUGGGCCGCUGCUGAAGGAGUUCUCGUACCGGAAGGUGGCGAUCGCUGGUUCGCUUCUGUGCUGUAUCGGGCUCGCACUAACGUCACCCGCCACCAAUAUGGCGCACAUUCUCGCCACUUACAGUGUGGUUAAUGGUGUGGGCGUUGGGCUAGCGACGUCCGCCGCGUUCGUCGCCCUUAAUCACUACUUUGCGAAGAAGCGUGGCCAAGCGGUUGGGCUCUCGAUGGCGGGUACGGCGCUCGGUAUGCUGAUAAUGCCGCAGCUGGUGCGCAUACUGCUCGAGCUGUACGGUUUCCGCGGUGCGGUGCUGGUGUUGAGCGGUCUCGCACUGCACGCGACGGUCGGUGCGAUGCUGCUGCAACCGAUCAAGUGGCACCUGAAGGAGGAGGAGGUCGACAUCGAGCUGGUGGAGGCAACGCCACCGAUGGGCAUCAUUCUCGAGCAGGAGGACGACGAUAAUGAUUCGCUGCCGGAGAUAAAAUCGUUGCUUUUUCCGCGGCGCGUCGGCAGCGAACGGAAGCAGUCGGAUGGAGCGGCCGCAACGGCGGGUGCGAGCGGUUCGGCGGGUGGAGCAGCGGCAGCCACAGGGAACGGGACGGGAGUCGGUGGUGGUGGUGGGGCACCGGGUGGUUUACCGAAAAGGCCCACCUUUCCCCGCAUCACAUCGUCGGUUAGUGUGCAGAAUCAGGGCGGCGUUGGGAUGCGGACGCGACCGUCCUUCCCAAGGAUCGCAUCGACCGCUAGUAUGAGCUUGGCGUUGCGUCGACGCCGUGAAUCGGUCGUUUCGCAGCUGUCGACGAUGGACUUUACCGGCAGUGGAAGCUGCAUGCAUAUCCACGUGGACACGGGUGAUGCCGAUGCGGAAGAUGUCGACUAUCAGAUCAUAAGGCGCGUCAACACGCACGUCGGUGUGUCCACGCUCGGUUCGUUCGCACGCGUCCCGUCCCGUUCGUCCAAGCGGCUGGAAACGGUCAAAUCGGAGCUUGGUCUGGAAAUGGUCAAACCGAAGGUGUCGUUUCUGCAGCGCUUCACCGCGCUGAUGGACGUGGGGCUGUUGCGUGACGGCAUCUAUCUCAACAUCCUGUUCGGUUUGUCGAUCUUCUACGUGGCCGAGAUGAACUUCAAGAUGGUGACACCGUUCUUUAUGGCUAGUCUCGGGUUCGACAAGAGUGACACCGCGUUCGUGCUGUCCGUGUCGGCACUCACCGACAUCGCGGCCCGUAUCAUUGUGCCACCGAUCGGCGAUCGUCUCAAGAUACGCAAACGCUACAUCUUCAUGGUGUCACUGAUCUUCGUCGCGAUCACACGAUCAAUCGUUGCCCAUCAGCGUACGUACGCGGACGUGAUGAUAUGGUUGUCGGUGACCGGAUUCUUUCGCGGCGUUGCCCUCGCCAACUUUACGCUGUGCGUGUCCGAGUACUCGUCGCUGGAGAAGCUGCCGGCCGCGUUCGGCUGGCAUAUGGUCGGCAAGGCGGUGUUUGUGAUUGCGUUCGGUCCACUGAUCGGUGCCAUCCGGGACUGGACCGACAGUUACGCGAUCUGCAUCCAUUCGCAAUCGUUCUGCAUCUUUCUGUGCGUGGCGGCGUGGUCCGUUGAGCUGCUGGUGAAACGAUGCCGCACCAAAAAAAUCGUCGAAGCAAAUCCCACCGUAUAAGAGAGAGAGAGAGUGAGGAGCGUAUGGAAAUGUUUUAGUAUUUUUUUUUGGUUCGCUUGUCGGUAUGUUAGUUUGAAUGCGUGUUUCCUCUUAGCUAUAGUGUCAUGCAGGAGCAGCGGCUCUUGCGUGUUGAUCGUAUCUUAAUUCCGAAGACUGCGAUAGUAGCGUAUGCUUUAGUUGGUAGCGUAUAGGAAUAAAUCAGUGGGAAGGAUGACGAAAUCAAGAUCAGAAUAAAUUAAUAAGUGGAGGAGUGAGGGAGGUUCAUUCCUUUCCCCUCAAGGAUAUCCCCUAACUUCGAGCAAUUGACGAACUUUUACAGAAAGGUUCAUUCGAAAACUAGAAUUAUGCAGUACUAGCGGGUACUUAACGAUCGUGUAGAAGGGUUUUAACGACAGAAAGCGUCCAACGUACAGUAUUAGGCGCGGAACACUAUAUUUUUUUUUUUUGUAGGAACUGAUUAGGAACAACAUCUGCUCUGCAGGGCAAUUUUAAUACUAGCAUGUGGUUUAUACACUGGCAUUGAUUCAAACGAUUGAAACACUCCAGGAAGGUAAGAGGUAAUGAUAAAUGAAAUAUAGUGGCCAAAACAAUCGGACAUGAGUUUAGGUCUCCAACACCGCACCGAGAUCUCGUGGGGAAUAUACGGUGGCCGAUCAACAAUUAUGUAUUGCAAAUGGAAACCUUAGCAAACCGAGCCGGCUAUUGGUGCAAUUGCCAACGAAUGAUACUUAGGAAUAAAACUAA